GAAUGAAGAAUAGUUGAUUUUAAUUCUGUGAAAUUCUGCAACAAAAUCUCCUAACCUAUUAAUAUAUGCCCAUUCUUAUGACCUUUACAAAAUCAUCAAACUCAUUUCCUCUCUAAGAAAAAGUUUAUAUUAUGGGUGCCAUUAGUUUCGACGAUGAAUACUCUUCACCUGUUGCACCUCACAGGAUGUUCAUUGCGUUAUUUCUCGACGCUCACAAUUUAAUGCCUAAGGUCAUUCCUAGUAUCAAGAGCAUCGACUUUGUUUCCGGUGAUGGAGGUCCUGGAAGUGUUCAACAAGUUAACAUGGUCGAUGAAAGUCCGCUAAAAUACAUAAAGCUUAGGUUGGAUUCAAAAGAGGAAGACAACUUGGUGUGCAAAUAUACCGUGAUUGAAUGUGAUGCAUUCGGGGGCAAAAUCGAUUGUGUCUCUUACGAGCUCAGAUUCGAAGCUGAUCCUAACGGAGGAUGCAUCGUUAAGGCUAAAAGCACUUAUCAUCCAAAGGGCGACGCCAUAUUGAAUGAAGAAGAAAUCAAGGCUGGGAAAGAGAAAGCUACUGAACAGUACAAAAUUAUCGAGUCUUACCUUGUUGAGAACCCUGAAAUCUAUGCUUGAUUUGCAUAAAGGAUGAACUUAUAGUAGAGUUCUUGAACUUGUUUUGGUUUUCAUUUUGUUUACUACCAUAUGGUCGCGUAUUUUAUACUGUCGUCAUCCUAGAGUUACUUUGUAAGGUCAUUGAUUGAUUAAAGGACAUCAAGAACUUGUAAACCAUCUUCUUGAUUGUCUUACGCUCCGACUAAAUUUUUUCGAUACUAGUUGAGAAUUUUUAAAUUA